AUGACAGGGGCUGUUAGAGAGUCCAUGGACAUAUUGAGAGCAAAGCAAGUAGCUAGGACUGUCAAAGGAGAGACAAGAACUUUUUUCCUGAAAAAUGAAUUCUUUCGUUCAAACCCUACCAAGUUUAGUGGCGAGCUCGACCUUAUGAAAGCAGAUGAGUGGUUAGAACAAAUUGUUAAAUCUUUUGAGAUCUUGCACAUCUAUAAGGGUGAGAUAUGGGUGGCAUUAGCAACCUAUCAACAGCAAAGAAAGGCCGAGCAAUGGUGCAAAUAUGCCAAGAAUCGUGUUGAGCACACUUGGGAGGCAUUCACGCAUGCCUUCCAGGAGAUGUUCCUCCUUCCCACUGCUAAGGAACGGUUGAGCAGGCAGUUUGAAGAGCUAUUACAGCUUGACAUCCUUGUGGCCGAGUUUGAAGCCACAUUUACAAGUCUUUCCUGUUUUGCACUUGAACUUGUGGCAAUAGAAGAGCGCCGAUGUUUAGAAUUUGAGAGGAGAUUAAGACCAAAAAUCUUAAUGAAGGUGGUGGGUAAUAUGAUUUAG